AUGGACCCCAAACCAUGGGCCAAUACUGCCGAAGCCGUUCUCGAAAACCAGUGGGAGAUACAGCGCCGCCGCCGCCUCUGGAUGACGCUCGUCAGCUGGGACAUCCAAAUGGGUGCGAUUCUUGGCCGGCCCAUCACCGUCGAUCCCACGGCCCGCAUGACGCUGCCCAUCGACUGCAUCAUGCCCAAGACAUAUGCCGAGCGUUCCACUAUGCCCGUGCAGGCGCGCGGUGAAAACGAUCCCCCGACACCGCUGUCACGCGCCAUCUGGUCGUUCGAAGCCAUCUCGCCGCUCCGCCCGAUUCUCGAGUUUGAAAAGGAAGGACCGUGUCCCCGCGACUUUAGCCGCAUCGAUGAGCUGCACGAGACGAUUGUGGACAUUGAGUCGCGGACGCCACCCGUGUUCCGCGUGGACAACCCGGACACGCGCUACGACAACCUGCCUGGGUUUGCGUGGCUGCCCAGCAUCCGCGCCACGACGCCACAGGUGAUUAUAUUCAACUACAUGGCGCUCCACCGCCCGUACAUCUUUACGCGGGCCAAGAGCCGCACCGAGGCCCUCAAGGCGUGCAUCCGGAUGCUGCAGGUCCAGCGGGUGUACUUUGCGUCUCUCAAGCCUCAGCAGUACAAGACGUUUUCGCUCUUCUUCGGCACGUUCGACUCGCUCGUCUUGAUGGCAGCCAUUUACAUCCUGUUCCCCAAGGAACAUCCCGAGCUGUUGCCGGAAGCCAUCCAGCACUACCGCUGGUCGGUCCAGCGCUUCGAGAUCAUGAUGGAGCAUUACAGCCUGGCACGGUCGGCGCUCGGCGUGCUCCACGCCAUCUACCUGCGGCUGCGCAAAACGCUCGGCAUCAGCUUCCUCGAAAACGACCAUGGCCUUGGCGGCAUCCUCGGCCCCGGCGCGGCGCCUGUCGAUGAUUUGACGCUCAGUAACAUUGAUCCCAGUCUGAAGGGCGACGGGCCGGUGUUGGGGGCGGCGGCCGCCAAGACGGGGAGUGGAGGUGCCGAUUCGGGAAGCAAUGGUGGAUACCAGGGCACGAAUGGAAGCGCCACGGCCAGUACCGACCGCACACCAGGCGGUGUCUCGUCUGCAUCGGCCCUCUCGAGCGCAGCAAGCGACGUCUUUAGUAACGGCAAAAAGACACCAACAACCGAAUCUGCAGCAGGACCUAUCGGGAUGCAUGGUCCGACGGCCGACGACGGCAAAAGCCUCGAUCAGGGUCCGACGGCACAGCAGCAGCUGCAGGAGCUGCAGGAGCAGCAGGAACUGCAGGAGCAGCCACAGCAGGAACAGGGCGGAUCUGCACCGAUCGCAUCGUCCAGCCUUCUCGACCCUCAGUUGGUGUCCCAGGAGUUUGACGACCUUUCCGGAACACGGACUGCCGCAGACGACGCAAUGGUCGACUCGAUGUUCCCAGACAACUUUGACUGGUCGUCGCUGCCGCCCAUUUGCCCGACGGGCGACUUGGCGUACAACAUCUUGCUUGGCGUCAGCGACGGGUCGGCAGCAUCGGCGUGGGGCGGCGGCGGAAGCGGCGCUGGUGGAGGCAGUCUGGUGGGCGGGAUUGGCGGCAACAGCUUGGACCUCCUGAACAAUGUCAGCUCGGGCGUGGGCAGCUUGUCUGCCGACCUGGAUACCGCGGACGCGACCGCCCUUGCCGCUGCCGAGGCAGCGCACGCUGCGGCUGCGGCAAAAUCGGAUGUUCGCGACAGUGCGUCGCCUCAGCAUCAGCAACCGGGCGAGGACGCCACCGGCCCGGGAGUGAACUCGUUGAUUGACGGCACGGUGAUCCCCUGGCAGUUUGAAGGUGACUUUGGUAACAAUAGUUUAUGGAGUCUGCUGAACAACUACAACUCGUUUUGA